AAGAUACAAAAAUGGACUGCUCUCAUCCACCCACUCAAUAACUUAAUUUCUCAAAGUUUUUCAAGAAAAUUAAACAUCAUCUAGCUUUUAGCAGGAAGGAAAUGGCUGGUUCAGAAACACUGUCACUGGUCUCUAAAAUUCCAGUGCCUAAACUCGGGUCUCCAAAACCUGAAAGAUUAUGUCAAGUGAAGCAUAGGGUGUUCAUGAAUGGUAACAUAAAACCAUUUUCUUUGAAUCUUGGAAGAAAACAUGAAGGUAAGAGACCAAGAAAGCUGCAUGCUGGGUUUGCAGAGAUUGAGCCAGACCUUAAUGAAGAUCCUGUUGACCAGUUUAGGACUAAUGGCAUUGCCGCAGAAGAUUUUGUGUAUGGGAAGUAUGAUGAUCAUCAUACAUACUAUGAAGCUGAAGAUAUAAAAGGUGGUUUUUGGGAAACCCUCUCAGCAGAGUAUAAUUCGAUUGGACCACCAACUGGCUUUCAAGGUUUUAUAGCAUGGAUGUUUCUUCCUGCAAUUGCAGCAGGGAUGUAUUUCAAUGUUCCGGGAGAGUAUUUGUAUAUUGGAGCAGGUGUGUUCACAAUAAUCUUCUGCAUCAUUGAAAUGGACAAACCCAGUGAGGCACACAACUUUGAGCCACAGAUUUACAGCAUGGAGAGAGGGGCGAGGGAGAAGUUAAUAUCAGAUUACAACACCAUGGACAUCUGGGAUUUCAAUGAGAAGUAUGGAGACCUCUGGGAUUUCACUGUCACAACAACUGCAGAUGACAUCAUGAAGAGAUAGAUGAACCAAAUUAUAUGAUAUGAUAUGAUGAUGUUUCUUUGGAAAUUAAUGUAUGUAGCUCCAAGAAGUUGCAGAUGAUAUAUAUGAUGUUGGAGCAGUCAUAGCAAGGCUAUGAAGAAGAGUUCCAUGUUGAAAACAAUAUAAUAAUCUCACAAUUAUACCUAUAAAAUGUAGAAAAUCACAAGCUUUUCUUUUAUAUUUGUCAACCCAAACUUCAUUACAUUAUACUAAGUUUUUGAUGGGAGUGUAUGAUUGUAUGCUAA